GGGCACCGAGUCAACUGGCGGUCUGGCAAGACUGCGGGCAUCGAGUCAACUGGCGGGGCUGCGGGCACCGAGUCGUCUGGCAAGACUGCGGGCACCGAGUCGUCUGGCAAGACUGCGGGCACCGAGUCGUCUGGCAAGACUGCGGGCACCGAGUCGUCUGGCAAGACUGCGGGCACCGAGUCGUCUGGCGGAACAGCGGGCACCGAGUCGUCUGGCAAGACAGUGGGCUCAGAGUCAACAGGCACGACAGUGGGCACCGGGUCAUCAGGUAUCGGAUUGUCUGGCUCGACAGCGGGCAUCGGGUCACCAGGCAUCAGGUCAUUUGGCUUGCCAGCGGGCACCGCGUCAUCUGGCAAGGCAGUGGGCACCGGGUCACCAGGUAUGACAGCGGGCUCUGAGUCAAUUGGCACGACAGCGGGCACUGGAUCAGGUACCGGGAUCAUCUGGAUCAACAGCGGGCAUCGAGUCAACUGG